GAAAACGCUUUUUGGAGAUUUUUCAAGCAAGGAGGGUCGCCAAAAUCUGUACGUUUUUGGAAGGACAACGUAAUACCAGACUUCCCAAAGCCGGGGACAGAAUUUUUGUCUUUAUCGCUGAAUAUAUUUCCAGAUUUACUUUGCUCGCUUCGGAAGUGCAGAGAAUUUCAGGAUAUUUGUGUCGUUCAGUGUGGGGUCUGUUGUUUUUAAUAAACACUGAAUAUUCCGAGAAGUUCCGUUCACCGGAGUCCUUUUGGAUGCGUAAUCCUACAGUAUGAGCCAGCGCUGGCUUUUGAAUGAUGAGCAACAAGAAAGCACAAGAUUCACCAGGAAAAUCGGAAUUGUAACGAUUCAUAACCUUUAAACCAAGUCCGGAUAUUGUUAAGGGAUCCCAUCAAGAACGCGAUAAUGAUUCUGUCAACUUUAUACAUCAUGCUGUCUAUUUUGGAUGUCAUAUCCUCCAUCAAGUCGGACAGGAUGCGCCACAACAACGGCCGGCUGGACUGCGUGGAGGCGAACGCGCAGUGUUUGGGAGAAUACCACUGCAGCUCCAAGUAUCGCACCAUGAGGCAAUGCGUGUCGGGGAAACUAACGGUCAACUACACCAUGUCCAUGUCCGCGGCCGAGGCGCAGGACGAGUGCCGGAGCGCCAUGGACGCCAUGAAGCAGAGUCCGCUCUACAACUGCAAGUGCAAGCGCGGCAUGAAGAAGGAGAAGAACUGCCUGCGUAUUUACUGGAGCAUCUACCCGAGUUUACAAGGAAAUGAUCUGCUCUCGGUCGAGGACUCCCCGUACGAGCCGUCUAGUAGCCGCCUCUCGGAUAUAUUCCGUCUGGCCCCCAUGGUGUCAGGGGGGACAGGCUUCGGGCGAAGACCAAAAUCAUUCACUUCACACUCCUCCUCCUCCUCCUCCUCCUCCAUCUCCCUCCACCCUCGUCACCCUCGCUCAAGCGAGCUGGCCCUGACCAGGGAGAACAACUGCCUGAACGCGGCCAAGGCGUGCAACCUGAACGACACGUGUAAGAAGUACCGCUCGGCCUACAUCACGCCCUGCACCACCCGCGUCUCCGCCGCAGAGGUCUGCAACAAGCGCAAGUGCCACAAGGCCCUGAGGCAGUUCUUCGACAAGGUGCCCGCCAAGCACAGCUAUGGCAUGCUCUUCUGCUCGUGCCCGGCGGGCGACAGCGCGGGCUGCAGCGAGCGUCGGCGCCAGACCAUCGUGCCCAUCUGCUCGUACGAGGAUCGCGACAUGCCCAACUGCCUGGCACUGCAGGACACCUGCAGGACCAACUACAUCUGCAGGUCUCGUCUGGCUGACUUCUUCGCCAACUGCCAGCCUGAGUCUCGCUCCGUCUCCGGCUGUCUGAAGGAGAGCUACGCUGACUGUCUGCUGGCCUACUCUGGCCUCAUCGGCACGGUGAUGACGCCCAACUACCUGCGCACGCCCACUAUCAGCGUGUCGCCGUGGUGUGACUGCAGCAGCAGUGGGAACGGCAAGGGCGAAUGCGACACCUUCACGCAGUUCUUCACCGACAACCGCUGCCUCCGCAACGCCAUCCAGGCCUUCGGCAAUGGUACGGACGUGGGUGUGUGGCAGCCCCAGCCCCCGAUCCUACCCACUCCCCAGAACCCCAACACCCCGCCCCGCGGCCGAGACAAGACCUCCAACGCCAUCGAUGACCCCUCCCUCACCAACCGGCUGGAUCUGGGGCAGGACGCCAUGUUCCGCUUCUGUGGAAACCUGCAGGUGAAUGGGCAGAUACCGGCUCAGAAGCUGAAGUCAAACGCUACGCUGGACACGUCUCUGUGUGUGCUCGAUGACCACAUCACCUCUAACUCCAUCGUCCAGAAGAAUACAGCGGUGGCUCCUCUCCCCACGCUGGGCCUCCUUCUGCUCCCCUUACUCCUCAUGCUGCUCCCCCUGACCACCUCCUCCUCGCUCCUGCACCUCCAGGCACCACCACCUCCCCCAUACGCCUCCUCCUCCUCCUCCUCCUACCACCUCCUGUAGCUCUGCCUCUGCGGUUCGGUUUGGGAUGGGGCUGCUGGGUGGUGUGGUGCAGUGCAGUGUGACUCUGUACUAUAAUCAAGCCUCUUUCCUCUUCUCCGUUAUCUCUCGCCUAGGCCCCUUCCUCCCUGUCCUCGCUCAUAUACCAUACGAUAACCUUUUUUAAAGCUUUAUUUUUAUUUAGGUUUUUUUGUUGUUGCUUUUAUUCCUGUCUUCUGCGAGUGAUACCAGUAACUGUCCCAAGGUGUGGUGGUGUUUGUAGGUGUGCCGACGUUGACUGUGUCCCAGAGUGCAGCUGCUUUAUACAUAUAUUUCUCCACUCAUGAUGAAGAGAAGGCUGUUGAAUGGGUUAAGGGGUCAGGACAUGGAUGGUGGACUGAGUUCUUACAGGGGAAGUGGGGUGUGGUGGUGGAGAUUGACAGGGAUUGGUUCUCCUUGAUCAUUUUUUUGAGGGAUGAGAUGAAGAUGGGCAUGUUUUUGAUCAUAUUGAGAGAACAAGAGACACUGACGCAUCGCAUAUGCUCCUUUUCUGUUCUGAACUGUCAAACAUUAAGUGGACGAACGAACUGAACCAUAUUACCAGGCUUCUCUGCCUGCCUCUCUGAGGUCUGUGUUUUGAGGGGGUUAAGGCGAGCCAGCUCCACAGUUUGCCCACAGAAGUCAUGGACUUUAUCACAGUGGUGGAAGAGAGCGUGAGAAAGAAAAGACACUGACUUAGGAGAUUUCUGUGGAAUUCGAUGCUGUGCUUCUACCCUUCCAUCCACUCCCCACAGGUUUGAGCCCCUCCAUCCCCCUUUGCACUCAGACCUUCAAACCAACCACCAUACCUCAGUGAAAGCAGCAGCGUUACCAAUGCGCUACGACUCAUCUGCUCAGUCUUGGCACACUUGAUUGUCAUGAGACAGUCAUAAGACCUCCCAUUCAAUUGAAGCUUCUACAGUACACCCGUUCUCCACUACUACUCCGGAAUUAACCCACAAGUGGCUGACCUUCGUUAAUCCAGCACGCAUUCAAGCAAGCACGCUAUCGCCUUCUGCACAUCCAUACUUGGGAUCAACUGGAUCACAC